AUGGAUAUGAUCAAAGUUGGGCCAGUGGGAGAAUGUGAUGGAACUUUAUGGGAUGAAAAGGGACGAUACCAAGUUGCUGGGAUACUUGUUUCUUACAGCCAAGACUCAAUCGAUUCACUUCAGUUCCUCUUCCGUGAGAAUGGGAAUUUACUUCUCUCAAAAAAACAUGGUGUUGAUUACUGUGAAAACUUCUGCUCAAUUGUGUUUGAUUAUCCAUCAGAGUUUCUUACUUCGUUAAGUGGUUCCUAUGGAAAACUGGAUGAUUGUUUCUCAACAGUUAUGCAAACUAUAAAAUUUGUUACCAACAAGAGUUCAUAUGGACCAUUUGGGACUAAUACUAGGAGUAAUACCAAGGAAUUCAACUUUCACUUGGGAAAUCAUAAUAAUCUUUUUGGUGGACUUCAUGGUACCUACAAUUGUCCUGGCGUUGAGGGUAUUGGGGUCUAUUUGAAAAAUGAACAAGAUUGA